GCGUGCGUGGCGAGAAGGAAGUGACAGGGGGCCUUUGCUCCAGGCAUGGAAGGAGCUGGAGUGGAGGGGUGUCUGUCUAUAGAGACUUUCACGGAGGUGGCUGAAGCCGGCGUUUCCAGCCCCCAAUUCACUUCUCUUUGCACUUGGCUUGUUUCGGAGCUCCGAGCCCUUUGUCCCUUAGAGGAAGAUGUUAGUCCCGCCUGUGGUCCUGAGGAUGCGGAGACAUUCCAGAUAGAGAUGAGCGGGCUGCUAGGCGAGUUGCGUUGCCCGUACCCCUCAUUGACGACAGGGGACGUGACUUCUAGGCUUCGCACACCAGAGAAUUGCCUCCAGCUUCUAUAUUUCUUGAGCUCAGAGCUGCUUGCGGCCCGGCUCCAAGCCCGGAAGAGACCUCGUUCACCGGAACAAGAAAAUCGAUCUCGGGAGGCCGUGUGUGAGCUGCAGCACAUCUGCCAGGCCUUGGGAAUGCCAGAAGUAGAUCCAGACUGCCCUAUCCCUCAACUCAUGGCUGACAUAAAAUCCAAGAUCUCAGGGUUGCUUUCCACGAUGCCUCCAGAGCAGAUGGCGCCGCUUCUGAAAACCCCGCUGGCUUCUGAGGAAUGGAAAACUGUAGAGAAGAUCCACGGAGCGUUGCGGGCGGAGUACCAGUGCCGCAAAUGCAUGAUGAUCACUCGUUUUGACGUCACUUUAGAGUCGUUCCAUUGGUCCGAGAGAGCAAAGGAUCGCAGCAAAGCCAUGGCGAAGGCCUUUAAGCCCUUGCGGCAAUCUUUACAGGAGGAUUCUCAGGUCACCCUCGCGCAUCUGCUAGCGGCCAGAGAUGACCUCUCGCGCAUCAUCAAGACCAGCAGUGGCACGUCCCGGGACAAGACCAGUUGUGCUAUCAACAAGGUGCUGAUGACAGGUGGUGUCCCGGACCGAGGUGGGCGUCCAAAUGAGAUCGAGCCCCCUAUGCCCAUGUGGGAGAAGAGACGAGAGGGGGGAGGAGGUGGCGGCUACCAGCGCUGGGGCAAAAGGGGGAAGAAGAAGAAAUAAAAUGGGAAUUGCAGCCCUCUUCCAAAUGGUGCACUCUCAAGACUAUGCUUAUUUAUUUUGGGGCGGGGGCUCCAGGAAUGGGGCGGGCGCAAGGCAGUGUCCCCUGCAGUGUUCACGGGACGCGCAGUUGGCAGUUUUCGUGGCCAUGGUUGCAAAUUACCUUUCCUGCAGCUUGAAUGAGGGCUGAGGACGCAGUUUUAGCAUACCCUUAAGCCAGAAGUGAGUCCCCCUAUGACACGACCUGACAGCAGAUGCCUGCCACCUUGAGGUUGC